GGAGUCGGAGAGCCCGAGUUGGUUGGGACAGGCGAGGCGGACGGUGGCCGGCGGGGCCGGGCCCGGGGGCGGCGGCGAUGGAACUCAGAAUGAAGCGGCGAGCAUCUGACAGAGGAGGAGGUGGGGAAACAUCUUCCAAGGCUCUCUGCCCAGGGGUUUCCAGCAACAACACCAAGCGGGCCGGGCCUUUCAUUCUCGGACCUCGCUUGGGCAACUCCCCGGUGCCUAGCAUUGUCCAGUGUUUAGCAAGAAAGGACGGAACAGAUGACUUCUACCAGCUCAAGAUCCUCACCUUGGAGGACAGGAGUGACAAAGGCACAGAAACCCAAGAAGAGCGUCAGGGCAAGAUGCUGCUCCACACGGAGUACUCCCUUCUCUCCCUCCUACACAGCCAGGACGGUGUGGUUCACCACCAUGGCCUUUUCCAGGACCGAGCCUGCGAGCUUGUUGAAGACCUGGAAUCCAACCGGAUGGUCCGAAAAAUGAAGAAGCGCAUCUGCCUGGUGCUGGACUGCCUCUGUGCCCACGACUUCAGCGACAAGACCGCCGACCUCAUCAACCUCCAGCACUACGUCAUCAAGGAGAAGCGCCUCAGCGAGCGGGAGACUGUUGUGAUCUUCUACGACGUUGUGCGGGUGGUGGAAGCUUUGCACAAGAAGAACAUUGUGCACAGGGACUUGAAGCUGGGGAACAUGGUGCUGAACAAAAGGACCCACCGAAUCACUAUCACAAACUUCUGCCUUGGGAAGCACCUGGUGAGUGAAGAUGACCUGCUGAAGGAUCAACGGGGGAGCCCUGCCUACAUCAGCCCAGAUGUUCUCAGUGGUCGUCCGUAUCGUGGCAAGCCCAGUGACAUGUGGGCGCUGGGCGUGGUCCUCUUCACCAUGUUGUAUGGGCAGUUCCCCUUCUACGACAGCAUCCCCCAGGAGCUCUUCCGCAAGAUCAAAGCGGCCGAGUACACCAUCCCUGAAGAUGGCCGGGUGUCAGAAAACACGGUGUGCUUGAUCCGAAAGCUGCUGGUCUUGGAUCCCCAGCAACGCCUGACGGCCUCCGAAGUGCUCGAUUCCCUCAGUUCCAUAAUCACCUCUUGGCAGUCCAUGUCGUUGCUGAGCGGGCCCUUGCAGGUGGUGCCAGAUAUAGAUGACCAGAUGGGCCAUCCGGAGAACGCACACGAGGCGAAAGUGACCGAGGAAUGUUCUCAGUAUGAGUUUGAGAACUACAUGAGGCAGCAGCUGUUGCUCGCCGAGGAGAAGAACACCCUCCACGACGCCAAAAGCUUCCUCCAAAAGCGGCAGUUUGGGAACAUCCCUCCCGUGCGGCGCCUGGGCCACGAUGCGCAGCCCAUGAACCCCCUCGAUGCGGCCAUCCUCGCACAGCGCUACCUUCGGAAGUAGCUCCUCGGGACCGCACGAGCCGCCCGCCCGACACGGCGCGACAGCAAUAGCCAUGGCCGGGAUCCCCCCCAACGUAGCAGCCUUCCCCUGUGCGGUGAGCACUGACAGGCCUCACCUGCUGGGGUUUGGUUUGCCCCAAGAGGGCCCGGGGGAAGGCAACGGGGGAGACGGCCGGCUGGCGGAUUUUAACUCCAAACUUAGACAGCUGAUUUGCUUUUAAUCAUGACUCUGAAAUCUACCUCUGUCUUUUUUUAACCACACUGUUCUCUGGACUGAAGCGAGGAGCGUUUCUGGCAAAGGUUGCCCCAACAGGCUUCUUUUCUGACGCAAAUGUUGGACUGCAGAGACCACGUGGGUUGCGUUUUGCUCCAUAUGGUUUGAAUAAGCUUGAUCAUUCUUUUUCCCCUUCCCUCCCUCUGGGUUUCAUGGAAUUAACUCCUUCUUGGACCCUCUCCCACUCAACCCUCCUCCUCCUCCUCCUCUGUGUGUUCUAUUUUAAUUUAACACCUGGUCUGAAUCGACUUUCCGCAAAUGUUGACGUCGGACCCCAGUGUGGCCACAGGCUGAGUCGGCUUGGCGGUGAGCGUGUCGAGGCAUGGAGCCGUGGCUCCCACCUUGGGGAAGGAGUUUCUUCCGGGGCCUGAUCCUGGACGCCCAGACCUCCUUUUCCCAACCUCUCAAUUAUUUUGGAUUUCCUGGGAGUUCUGUUUGUUUGUUUGUUUGUUUUUAAAAUGGUAGCUGAUGUGAUGUUGCAUUAAUUAAUUCUGUGGAUGUCUCUCUUGCCCCCCUCAUCACAGUGGUACGGCUGAAGGGAUAAGUCUGUGAUAAUGUGAAAGUUUCCCCCCUUCCCUCCUGACCAACCCUUUCCCCAAAUGCCCCUCGCCCACAGAUCUCUCUCGGGCUGAGAAAGGCCUGCUGGGCUCCCCUUUCCUCGUUGCUGUCUCUUGCCAUUGGCACCUCAUCACGGUGCCGACACGUAGGCCCAGGUCCGGAGGGUCACGCUCCCCUGACGACAGGUUGCAGUGUGACCGGGCAGCGGAGUUUCUGAGCCACCUUCUUUGAACUGGGCGCCUCUCUUGCCAGAUAAGCCAUUCUCAAGCCAUCGCUGUCCAGCCUUCCCUUCCUCUCUUCCCUCCUGCCCUCGAUCACCUUCCCAGAAGUGUCUCAAGCGCCAGCCUGUCUCCUGGCCAAAGGAUUUGGUGCCUGUGGCCGCCAUCGUGGCAUCCAGUAAGGGGCCUUGUCACGAGGCUUUCUUGGCCAGGAGCUCUUCAUUGCCCCUUCAGGGGGAAACGCUUGGAGGGGGGGGGGGCGAGCGCUGAAAUCCUCAGCACCAUAAGAGAGUGACUAACUUCCUGCGUGAGUGUGAGAACACGAUUGAAAAAAGUGCAAGCACAGGUCUCCGUAUCCGAAAGCUGGCUUUGCCAGGCCAGGAGUGCUUUUCUGCUGACAUGAACCGUGAAAGGAUUCUGGAAUUCAAAGCGCGUCUGGAAAUCCUUGUUUUAAAAAACACCCCCCUGUGUAAACUCUCCUGAAGGGCCUCCAAAUGGGAGCUGCAAACCAGGUGGAGCCGGGCACCAAGCAGAACCGGCCUUGGCCAGGCUCUGCCAGGUAAGGGUGACCUAAGCAGCCUUUUUUCUCCUCUCUUGCUGGCUAGGGGUAGAAAAUGAGGAGUGUCUCCGGGCCGUCCUGAGGUCUUGAGUGCCCACCCUCAGCGCAGCCUUGGCCAGGACGUGCAGCAUCAGUGCGUCUGCCAUUGCGUUGUUGUGAAGGAGCAACAAGUGUCACCUCAGCUUUGCAAUCCAGCCUCUGGUGGAAGCUGGAUCAAAACGAACACUAAACAGCCAGCAGCAUUGGCUGGGGUGGGGGGCAGUCAAUGUGGCCAUUGGGCUCCCAAUUAACAGCCUACCUGUAAGGCAAACCUCUCCAGGUGAGCCAACAGGUUGAGGUCCCCUUGAUCUUGUUUCUCAGGGCACAACCAGCAUGGUGGCUUUAAGGGCUAUCACUUGUAGCACCAUAGUAGCCCAGAAAGCACAGGGCAAGAAAUCCCUCAAACAAGGAGGCCUGCAUUCCCCACUCCAAACAUGAGUUGCUCAUCUUGUCAGCUAACCAGUGUGUAGCAGCACUGCUUGGGCCAGGCCAGCACAGGCCAAAAGGAGCUCGUGGGCCACCUGCUUAACGACUGAACAACUAGUUUUUUACACACACACACACACACACACACACACACUUCACUCUCUGUUCCACCCACAGCUUUCUGGCUGAUGUGUUCUAACAAUGUCGGGAGUGGGGCACGGCCAGCAGAAGAUGUGAGAUGAUGGGGAGGGGGCCGCUCCAGGUGUGGGCUGGCCCGCACCACCACUUCGCUUAAUAUGCAAGGUUUUGUUCCCCACCUGUUCCCUCACAGGAAGGGUCUUCCCUUAGGCCUGGGUGUUUCCUAUGGAUUGUGCAGAAGGAUGUGUAAGUAGCCAUCAUAUGAAUCAUUUGAGAGUUCAGCUACUUUCUGUUCCUCUCAAGAAUACAGGCAGGGCGGACCUGAAACCCCCCCCCUCUUCUCUCUGCCUUCCCCAUCCCAUAUUUAACUUUUUCUUCCCCAACAUAGCUGGCUGUGUGUCUAUAUUAGUCUUUACCCCAUCCUCGAAAAAGAUAGCAAUACUCCACUGAUUGUAAAGUUGAGUGUUCCACCCAUCUGCUACAUCAUGAUGAAAAACAAACUGGAAGAAGAUGGAAAGGAAACUGGGGUGGGGUGGGGGACUUGGUGGGAACUGCUGGGUUUUGUUUUGGUGGAUUACAGGCUGGGUGAGACACCAGAGACAAAUAUCCUAUUGUAAAAAAAAAAUGCAAAGAGAAUUUGUAUAGAGACCUAUUUUUGUAUUACACCCAACUAUUCCUGCAUGUCAGCAAUAAAAUUUCAUAAUGUAGAACUAAAA